UUUUAGGUGGAUCUAAAGAUGGCAAGAUUAUAAUGUGGGAGAUAGGAAUGCCAGAUUUUAAAGAUUUUUCUAUCAAAUGGAAACAACGGGCUGUAUUGACAUUACCUAAGACAGAUACAAUAUGUCUUGUUGUCAACUCAGAGCUGGAAGUCUUGAUUGUUGGAUGUGAGAAUUCUUGUUAUGGCUGGAAGCUGGAAAAACUGUACAAAAACGAGAAAAAUCUAAAUGUGGUUCCAGAUUUUGAGUUUGUACAUCCCAAGUUGGAUGAUGAUGAUGAACCUGUUGUGAUAGAUGGACUAGCUUUACUCUCAAAUAACUGUAUAGUAACUAAGUGUGUGGACGAGAAUAGAUUAUACCUUUGGGACCUUGAGCCCCAUACAGAUGGUGGAUUUAAAGGACCUAAACCUUACAGAAUUCUAGUCUCACCAAUGGCAGAACUACAGUAUAUAAACACUGCUGUAGAUUACCUGUAUCUUCACACAUGUAAAGAUAUUCUUAGUGUGGGUGAUGACAAAGGAAACAUCUACAUGUAUAACUUAAAGUCAGUUGUCAGCAAGAAGAAAAAUUGUGAUGAGGUGUUACUGCCCUCCCUUACAUUAGAGUACCCAGACUUGAAUAUUGAUACAAACUAUGAAGAAAGUAUGAAAGAUGUUACAGAGAAAAAGGAUGUGGUCAUUAAUUGUUUAGGACAAAGUUCUGAUGGAGAAUAUAUGGUGUGUGGAACGGACAAUAACCUUUUGUGUAUAUGGCAAGCAUGCUCCUAAUGAGUGUGCAUGUGAACAUAGAACAGUUCAAUAACUUACUGAAUUUGCAAUAUUAGCCUUUGGUUAUACAAUACAGUGAAGCCUUUGAAUUUGCAAAGCAGGCAAGCCAGUUCAUUUGUAUUAUAGUAAGCAAUCCUAUAGAAUUUGUAAUGCAGUUCAGCCAAAGAACUUGCCACAUGGUUCAACCUAUGGAUAUGCAACACUUUUAUUUAUUAGGAGAGGGCAUAUAGAUUUUUGCUUGUUUGUCUGUCAAGCUGUUCAUCUGUAGACCAAUAAAACAGUGGAAUGGAGGGCAAUCCUCGUCCGAUUGAUACAUUUCUAGUUAACUUUGUAUUAUAUAAGUAACAUAAUUCAACACUUAGAUUUGCAACGCUGUCUAAAUAUUUUGUAUAUACAAUCCUGUCUAGCCCUGAAAUAUGCAACAUUGUCCAGUAAUGCAGUGCUGUGAUUGAAUGCAAUAUGUUUAACAUAUUGAAUAUGCAAUACAGUUUGGUGCUUGAUUUUGCAACACAACAUAGCCAUAAAAUUAGCAAUGCAAUUGUGAUUAUAGUCCAUCCAUUGGAUAUGCAGCACUGUCUGACUGAGGUAUGCAAAUAUUUUCCAGUCAUUGAGUAAACAUUACAGUUAAACCAAUGAAUUUGAAACAGUCAAUGCCAUUUCAAUUAAAAAUGUGUAAUUAUCAAAUUAUUUACAUAUUCUCUCCGUUGAGUUUGCAAAUGUUCAACCUUGUUCUUAUCUUUUGACUAAUGGUUUUGGCAAUUAUCAAAAUGAUGUUGAUAUUGUUGAUGUGACUCAGGUAAACAAUUAAUAAAAAGAGCUUGUUAUUGUCUUAUAUAAUAAAUAGAUUUAUUUUGUAAGAAUUUUAGCUCAUUUUGAGCAUUUCAAAGUUGUGCUUAUGCAACAGACAUUCCACCAUUGAUCAAUUAUCUAUAUGUGCCGCGUCACGACAAAACCAACAUAGUGCGUUUGCGACCAGCAUGGAUCCAGACCAGCCUGCGCAUCCGAGCAGUCUGAUCAGGAUCCAUGCUGUCCGCUUACAAACCAUAUAACAAGUAGAGAAACUGAUAGCCAACAGCAUGUAUCCUGAUCAGACUGCGCGAAUGCUUUCUGGAUCGAUGCUGGUCGCAAAUUAUUUUAAUUUGCUUAUUUGUGUGUAUUCUUUUAAGCAAUUUGUUUUUAUAGAAACACUGUUUUUAUGUUUUAUUUAAAAACCAUUAUUUGUAAUUUACUUAUGAGCACCAUUUGAGGGUGUUUUUUUUAUUACAUUUAAGUUAGAUUGUUAUCAUGUUGUAUGAUUCUAUAGUUUUGUUUCUUUUUUUUCCCUCAUAAUGAUUUUUAUGUAUUGAUAAUAUCAUGCUGUUUACAUUUUUAUUCCUUGAUUUGUUGUCAUUGAGCAAAAGUAUUAUAACUGCAUAGUAAGUAAUGAGACAGUUAAAAAAGUUUAGCUUUAGCACUGAGAGAAUCAUAGCUAUAGGGUUGACCGUAAAACUGUUGUAAGUCCUUCUUUAUUUCAUGUGAGUUACUGCAGUCUUGUGGUCAACCUCGAGGUAUAUAACAAAUUCCACAAGGUAUGCAAUGUUUGUUAACAUUUGUUAAAUAAACCAUAAUUUUCAAUUUUGAAUAUCUUUGAAGGCUCAUUAAAAAAAAGAUAUUCAUAAUUGAAAAAAUAUGUAUACAUCAUUUAAUGAAAAGAUUUUCAAGCAUUGCAUAGUUUGAUAUGCAACAAUUUUUAUUGUGUUUUAAACUAUUUCAUGAUUUUACCUUGUAUAAUGAAUAAGUUGUUUUUUUUUUAAAUGUUUUGUGACAAGAUGUAAAAUUUAGUCAUUGUAUAUACGAUUUUUUUCUCUCAUUUUGUUUUAAAAGUAUGCAUUUUUAUGUAGAAAUGUUCUUAUUUUUUUUAAGUUCAAUGUCUGGGGCGGGAAAUAUGCUUGUUACAUUCAUAUUAAAUGGAAUUGUUAAUGUAGCCUUACCAUAUCCUUUGACAUUGUAUUUGAUGAUUUUUUAUAUUUCUUAGCUAACCAUCAUGAUUUUUUUUUUAUCAAAGGUCAAUGUCUAAGCGGUCAAAAAGGUUAAAAUUGAUAAGUAAUACAUGUAUUUCUUUUGUAUCCCAUCAAUUCCUAGUUGGUUAAAAUAAUCUAGGCAUAAGUAUCAACCACCAAAAUAAAAUGUGUUACAUGCAUGACCUAGAACCAUGAUAAAAACAUGGAGGUGUCACAUAACAAUGGUAAAAUUGGUUGUAUUUUCAUUUUUUUCACUUAAAACUCAUUUCUGAUAUUACUUAAAUAUAAUUGUCAUUCAGUCAUGUUUAUUCUUGCAUACCAGACAGUGUUAUCUGCUGUUUACACUGGUGCUAGAAAAACCUGUCUUACUUCCUGUGUAAGUAACCGCCUCUGUGGUCGAGGUGUUAGAGUCGAUGACUUCUAAUCCAGUCACCUCUCUGGCGUGGGUUCGAUCCCCGGGAGAUGCUUUGGUAGUUUAGCGCGGAGGAAGGUUGUCUAGUACUGGUGUAACUCUCCAGGAACGAUGGUUAGGAAACUGCCCGCCUAUAUGACUGAAAUUCUGUUGGAAAAAGGCGUAAAAUGAAGCAAACAAACAAACAAAUACUUCCUGUGUAAGACAGGUUGCGUGCUCUUAAUGAUUUCAUUCAUGUGAACCUUUUGAAUGAAUUGCCAUUUAAAGGCAUUUUAGGGAGAUGUCAUUUUGUCAUUAAACAGGAAGUUGAAAAUUCAUAUGCUACUAUAAGAAAAAAGUUCUACCACAUGUUAACAUUAGUUUUCGUAAUUUCUUUUCGAAUUAUGAUUGAUAUGUUAUAAAAAAAAAUCAUACAUCAGCUGUCAUCACAGACUGGAAUAUCUGACUCAUGGAAACUGUUUAGUGGAAACGACAGAGUCUUGUUACCACCAUAAACAGUAACCCUCGAGCUAGAAAUUCCUCUCUGUACCUGCAGCUGGUGUAAUAUCCUUAAUAUUAUAACAUAAUUCAUGUAAUUGGUAUUUUUGUUUUGUUGUAAACAUUUGAUGUAAUGAAUAAUGUGUCAUUUUGUACAUGAAAUCAUGUUUAUACUUAAGAUAAUGAGAUGAUUUUUGGGGUAUUGAAAGAUCAUAACUGGAUAAUUUAGUGUACUUAUGUGUUCAAAAAAUAUAUAGUGUUCAUUUUUAGCUCGAUUUUUUUCUCCAAGAUAAAUUUCGAGCCUUUGCUACUGUCGUGUUGUUGUCGCUGAUGUUGUUUGCCUUCCAGUAACUUCAACAUUGUCAUUAUUUUUUUUUAUUACUGAAUGAAUUGUCUUCAUUCUUUGACUCAACAACCCUUUUGACAAGACCUUCAAGUAGAUCAUAAUGAAGUUGACCUUGACUCAUAAAUGACCUAGACCUUCAAGGUCAAAUAUUCAAAGUUUGCUUAAUUUUUGCUAAAAUUGGCUAAAAGUUUGUUACUUAUGAAUGGAUUGUCUCCAUACUUUGAUAUUUAAGUAGUAUAGUAUUCAAACUUUUCAAUUUCGGGUACUACGUUAAAGAGAAAUACUGGGACAAAUUUUGUAAAAACGAAUAUUCGAACAUGAAAAACGAAUAUUCGAACAGUGAAUUCCUUACUUGAUUUAUUUACAGUUUUGUUUAACAACUUCAGAAUGACAAAACUGACAUGUUCAAUUAUUCUGAUAUGACAUAGACUUUUAUUUGACGUUAAGGUCAAAUAAUUGAAAUGUUCUUUAUUUGUCAUAACUUUGUAUUUUAUUAAUGGAUUUGAUUCAUACUUAGACAAAAGAGCACAUAUGACAAGACGGACAUGUUGAAUUAUUCUGAUUUUGCCUUGACCUUUAAUUGACCUUGACCAUCAAGCAAAAAAAUGAGCUAUUUUGACAAAACUGACUUGAUGUCUUAUUCAAAUGUUAACUUGACCUUUUAACUACAUUGAUCAUUAAAGCUACAUGCCUCCAGAUGAGCACAAAUGUUUCUAUAAUAUCAAAUUUGGGGAAAAUAUAUUUAGAGGUUUGGAAAAGUAAAAAGAUUUAAGAUUCAGGAAAAAAUUACAUGUGAUGUGUGAUUAAUGACUGAUUGUUCAGUAUUUAUAAUUUAUAACUGUAUUUCUACUGCGUUAGUAAGGGUUAUCUCUGCAUAUUUUCACCCAUUUUGGUAGUAACGUGGGUUGGAAGUGUCAUUUAUUAUGUGUAAAUUGCUUUCUUUUGGUUACUUCACAAUAUUACACUUUUUAAUACAUUUUCAAAAUUGUCAUGAAAAUUGGCAUGAAACUGGAGGCGUGCUGCUGUAAAGUCAAAUAUGAAAAAUGAAUUUUAUUUUUGACAAGAAAAUUGUGUAUUCUAGGAGUACUGUUUGCUAUAAUAUUUUUCUCUCUUGGAAAUAAGAAAAGUCAAGCUCGGCUUCCGCUAGGCUGUGGCUCUUUUGUAUAAUUUGGAAUGAAAUAAAAAAUGUGAGUCCAUGCCA